ACGUAUAUUUUAAUCACCAUCAUCAUCAUCAUCCGAUCCGAUAGACAUACUUAGCUGGAGUGUGUCCAGAGUAGAAUUCAAUGACUCCACGACAUUGUUAUUAAUAACUCUUGCGAGCACACACGCAGUGAACAAUACAAGAGAAAAUAUGUUUGGAUUAAUCAGAAGAAAAACAAAUUGGGUAUCUUCUUCCAAUUUGCUAUUAAGAAGAGAGUUGUGUUUGGGUGCUAAUGGAGGAGGAGGAGGAGGAGGAGGAGCCAUGGAACACUUGAUCAAUCAACUCCAAUCUCAUGUCCAUAAGGUCCUUGCUGGUGGUGGACCCGAAUCUGUCAAGAGAAAUAGUAGUAGAAACAAACUUCUACCUAGACAAAGAAUUGAUCUUCUUCUUGAUCCUGGUUCUUCUUUCCUUGAGCUUUCACAGCUUGCAGGACAUGAGUUGUAUGAAGAGCCUUUACCUUCUGGUGGGGUUGUGACUGGCAUUGGUCCGGUGCACGGCCGACUUUGCAUGUUUGUGGCCAAUGAUCCUACUGUUAAGGGAGGGACUUAUUAUCCUAUUACUGUUAAGAAACAUCUCAGGGCACAGGAGAUUGCUGCUCAAUGCAAAUUGCCGUGCGUGUAUCUUGUUGACAGUGGCGGUGCUUUCCUUCCCAAGCAGGCUGAUGUAUUUCCGGACAGAGAAAACUUUGGUAGAAUAUUUUAUAAUCAGGCUAUAAUGUCUUCUCAGGGGAUUCCCCAAAUUGCAUUGGUGUUAGGCUCUUGCACUGCUGGUGGUGCCUAUAUACCUGCUAUGGCUGAUGAAAGUGUGAUGGUCAAGGGAAAUGGCACUAUUUUUUUAGCAGGGCCACCUCUUGUUAAGGCUGCCACUGGAGAAGAAGUGUCUGCAGAGGAUUUGGGAGGUGCUGCCGUGCACUGCAAGACAUCGGGUGUUUCUGACUAUUUUGCUCAAGAUGAACUUCAUGCACUUGCACUUGGGAGAGACAUUGUUAAGAAUUUGCAUAUGGCUGGGAGAGAUGCCUCGACAAAUGGAUUGCUAAAUAUGAAUUAUGAAUAUAAAGAGCCACUAUAUGAUGUCAAUGAACUUCGUUCUAUUGCCCCCACUGAUCUUAAGCAGCCGUUUGAUAUCCGAGAAGUAAUUUCUCGCGUUGUUGACGGAAGUGAAUUUGAUGAAUUCAAGAAACUGUAUGGCACUACUCUUGUAACAGGUUUUGCUAGGAUUUUUGGACAGCCUGUAGGAAUUAUUGGAAACAAUGGGAUUUUAUUCAAUGAAUCUGCUCUGAAAGGGGCCCAUUUCAUUGAACUAUGUACUCAACGUAACAUUCCCUUGGUUUUCCUUCAGAACAUCACUGGAUUCAUGGUGGGAUCAAAGUCCGAAGCAAAUGGUAUAGCAAAGUCUGGAGCAAAAAUGGUGAUGGCUGUAUCUUGUGCAAAGGUACCUAAAAUCACGAUAAUUGUUGGCGGAAGCUUUGGUGCUGGAAACUAUGCAAUGUGUGGUCGUGCCUAUAGUCCAAACUUCAUGUUCCUUUGGCCUAAUGCCAGAAUAUCUGUCAUGGGAGGUGCUCAGGCUGCUGGUGUUCUGGCUCAAAUAGAGAAAGGCAAUAAGAAAAAACAAGGAAUUCAGUGGAACAAGGAGGAAGAGGAAAAGUUCAAAGCAAAAGUAGUCGAUGCGUACGAGAGAGAAGGAAGUCCUUAUUACUCAACGGCGAGGCUUUGGGAUGAUGGAAUCAUUGAUCCAGCUGAUACAAGAAAAAUCAUCGGUCUCUGUGUCUCUGCUUCCUUGAACCGUGCCACAGAAAAUACCAAAUAUGGUGUAUUUAGAAUGUGAAUAUUUGAUGUUGAAGCUUUGUUGUGCACUAAAUGUUGUUAAAGCCUGAAAUGUGAUGUAGAUUUGUUAAGAAAGGGAAGAUAGUAAGAGAGAAAAGGGGUUAUGACAUGAGUGAAAAGUAAAUUCUUUCCUCAUCAUGUUAAACUUGGAUGGAACAUACCCCAUUUAUAAUAAAAAUGUUUCUUGCAUGCA